UGGGUGUGGAGCUUGGGUGUUCCUACCUUCCAUGUCUUGAGCUUCUGGUUAUUUAUUGCUAAACACCUUCAAUGUUGUUAUCAACUAGGAACUAUUGGACUUCUAAGAAAAGGAUCACCUUGUCAAUAAAUCUUGCACAGGUCGAUCAUAUAUACCUACCUAAGCUACAUUACAAAGUCUUCUCUACUAUGGCAAACACAUUCAACAUCCAACCUAUUGUCCGUUUCGAUGGUGAAUGUGAAGCUGUAAAGCGACCCAAGGAAAUAGCUUGUUUUUCCUAUGAUGACAAGCGUGAAUUUCAUCUAGACGAUCGCUCGUUACAAUGGUACUAUCCUCCUGCACUUGGUGCCGACUUGUCUGCAGGAUUCGAUCAAUUCGACAAACAUGAUGGUUCCAAGGACGAGCACAUAGAUAGCCUUCUUAAAACAAUCAUGGCUCAUGAGGAAGAGGAAGGGAAGAAGAUCGACGCGGAGUUGGUUACUUGGCGUGGCAUGAUGACCAAGAUCAUGUCAGCGCCAUUUGAAGACCGAGAUGGCUUCGAGAUGUAUGCUACCUUUUACCAGGGCUGCAUCUUCAUUGAGGAGAACCAUGAAUAUGGGCUGGCCUUGAUGCAACAACAACACCAUCAACAACGCCAACGAAAGCCACGACGAGGCCAGAUGUCUCCGGAUGUGAUGACGUAUUGGGGAUACAAGUUUGAGACGCUUUCUUGUCUGCCACGUCCUUGGGGAGAGGUCGAUAGAGACUUCAUUGAGAACAGGGACAAAGAAGUUGUCAGCAAUAAGGCUCAAUACUGUUCUGUCGUUCGUACUGGGAUUGGUAAAUCAAUCUUGUGUUUGGGAGGUGAGGUCGACUGUAUCUGGGAUUCUAAGCCGACAGAAAAGGGAGCGCCAAUAAACUGGAUUGAGCUUAAGACCAGUGUCGAAAUUAAUGAUGACAGGACCAUGCAGAAUUUCGAGCGCAAGCUUAUGAAGUUCUGGAUUCAAUCAUUUUUACUUGGUGUCCCCAAGAUCAUCGUUGGCUUCCGCUCACAACAGGGUAUUCUCACGAAACUCGAAGAAAUCCCAACGGCUAAGAUCCCCGAGACGGCUGCUAAACGAGGCGUGAGGAGCUGGAAUGCGAACAUAUGCAUUAAUUUUGCGAGCGCUUUUCUAGAAUGGCUAAAAAAUACCAUCAAUGAUGAAGGUGUCUGGAAAAUAAGGAGAGACGCCCGUUCAGGCGUAAUUGAAGUAUUCAAAGUUGAAGAAGUUGGGCAUGGAAGAAUUCUCACCGACGAAUUCAUCAACUGGCGCAUAAAGUUGAGUCUGAAUAGCGCUAGUAAGUAGUAUCUGAGAUGAUCUUUACAAGUUCUCUUCGCUACCCGGAACGCCGAUUCCAUUCUAUAUAUCUAGAUACCCAAUUAUGAAUCAUACACAAAUCUAGGUCGCUUUCUAUAUGACAUGUUCUGAAUCUCACUCUGGCUUAUUCAUUUA